AGUGUGAAAGCUUGGCGGAGGAUUCAUCCAGCUGAGGGGGGAUUAGGUGCAGCAGAGUGACAGAGAGCAGGACCUUAUAGUUGGAGUCUCUGCAUGGACUGAACAGCCGGGAACUCGGAGUGACUCUCAGCAGCCACAGCGGGGGAGCCCGGGCCUUUCCAACAUCUCUUUCAAUCUGAAUCGUCAGCAGGGAGCAUCCACUGACGGAGACAUUCACACGCUCAUAGACAUAUCACACACUGAAGCUAUGGGGUCAGUGAGUGAACUUUGCGUGUCCAGCCUUCAGACGUUCUUGUGUCCAGCUGUGAAGCCACUCCAGCAAGCUCCAGUGCCGGACGACCUCACCCCAGAGGAGCAGCAGGAGCUGGAGAAUAUCCGCCGGCGCAAGCAGGAGCUGCUGGAGGACAUUCAGCGGCUGAAGGAUGAGAUAGCAGAAGUGACGAGUGAGAUCGAGAACCUGGGUUCCACUGAGGAGAGGAAAAAUAUGCAGAGGAAUAAACAGGUGGCCAUGGGCCGUAAGAAAUUUAACAUGGACCCCAAAAAGGGGAUCCAGUUCCUGAUUGAGAAUGACCUGCUGAAAAAUACCAGCGACGACAUUGCUCAAUUCCUCUACAAGGGUGAGGGCCUCAACAAAACAGCCAUCGGAGAUUACCUCGGAGAGAGAGAUGAAUUCAAUAUCCAAGUCCUCCAUGCCUUUGUGGAGCUUCAUGAGUUCACAGACCUCAAUCUGGUUCAGGCCCUAAGACAGUUCCUGUGGAGUUUUCGGCUACCGGGAGAAGCUCAGAAGAUCGACCGCAUGAUGGAGGCCUUCGCUCAGCGCUACUGCCAAUGCAACCCUGGCGUUUUCCAGUCCACAGACACCUGUUACAUCCUGUCAUUUGCCAUCAUCAUGCUAAACACCAGCCUCCACAACCCAAAUGUGAAGGACAAGCCGACUGUGGAACGAUUCAUCUCCAUGAACAGAGGAAUCAACGACGGAGGAGACUUACCUGAAGACUUGCUCAGGAAUCUGUAUGAGAGCAUCAAGAACGAGCCUUUCAAAAUCCCAGAGGACGAUGGCAACGACCUCACACACACUUUCUUUAACCCAGACAGAGAGGGCUGGCUGCUAAAACUGGGAGGGGGACGAGUUAAAACCUGGAAGAGGAGGUGGUUCAUCCUCACAGACAACUGUCUGUACUACUUUGAGUACACCACAGACAAAGAGCCCAGAGGAAUCAUCCCGCUGGAGAACCUGAGCAUCAAAGAGGUGGAGGAUAAGAAGCCUAACUGCUUUGAGCUUUUCAUUCCUGACAACAAAGACCAGGUGAUAAAAGCGUGCAAGACCGAAGCAGACGGACGCGUUGUGGAGGGCAACCACACCUUCUACCGCAUCUCCGCCCCCACUGCUGAGGAGAAAGAAGAAUGGAUGAACAGCAUCAAAGCUGCCAUCAGCAGGGACCCCUUUUACGAGAUGCUGGCAGCCAGGAAGAAGAAGGUGUCGUCCAUGAAGAGGCACUAGAGGCUCUCAGCGCUCCAGAUGUUGCACUUGACAGAGCAGGGGGUCCGGGUUUCUGCUCACCCUGCCUGGGUCGGUGCAGAGGCCGCGGCUAAGGUCUGCCUCAGACCUCUCCAGGGGAUUUCUCUAGGAUACAUACUAGCUCUGGCUUUGAGACUCUACUGGCCAGAAAAACAGGAAGCAUGCUGGGGUUUCUAGAUAAGAGUCGGGGCCAAAGCGUCCUCUAACCCCCUGUCUCUCUUUCUCUCUCUUUCUCUCUCUCCCUCUCUCUUUCUCUCGGCUUUGUGUGUGCUCUCUGUCUAUGAGGCCAAAAGGAAAUCUUGCUGUUCAACUCGGCAAAAUCCCCUUUGAAUAUGCUUUAAAAAAACACACACAAUUCCCAUAUACAUUGCACACAUACACAACAUGCAUACACUCAUGCAGUCCCCAGUAGCACACAUCGUUUGAAACUCAGCAGGUCUGACCAAGUGUGGCACUCCAACCAAAAUAUUCCUCGCUUUCUGAAAGAAAAGUUAAGAGCUUUUCUGAUGUGCUUUGAUAUGUUAGGGUAAUACGUGUCUAUUUUUACAGCUUUAAAUGUUAAUUCCUCUUGCGUCUGUUUAGUUUGCUUUUGUACAAAAAUUUAAAAAAAAGUUCUUGCAACAGAAACUGCAGUGGGGGCGGGUGUGGGAGGGAGGGUAUAAUUUGCCAACUGUCAUUGAUUUUGUAGAAAAAGAAGAAAAGAAAACAAAAACUUCUCAGUUUCAAAAAAGUUGCCACUCAGGAGAUUGUUACGAGGUUCUGAAACUUUCCAUGUCUGCGUCGACAUGGAUCCUGUUCACAACAUGACAGCCAUGCGAGGAAUGAAAGCCUCAUCUGUGUCCCAGACCAAACUGUUUUUUUUGUUUGUUUGUUUGUUUGUUCGGUUUUGUUUCUGUAAAUGUGAAGCUGCAGUGUGGGGACGUAGCGCUGCAGGUGAGGGUGUCUGCUUGUCUGGACGGGGUCUCAGUGUCGGAUCUGGCUCUCGCUGUUCAUUUCCUGAAGGUCCUUGAGGUGCAUCCUGGGGAUUAGUGUCUUUUAAAGGGAGUAUUUGUCACCCUGGGCUUCUUUUUGAGGUUGUCUGGAAAUUAUAACAGGUUGCCCCCUUUUUUAAUUUUCUCUUCCUAUACAUUUUUCUCUCAUUUUGUCUCAAUCACAAGACAACUUUAUACUACUUAAUUUCAUUUCACGGUUAGGAAAGUUACUUUACUGCUGCACAGUGCCUGGCGCUCUAUAUGAAAUGUGAUGAGAAAAGCUGCUGGUUGGCGACAGUAAUGCACAGUUUUCUUCUCCUGGUCAAAAUAGAAUUAAUCUUUCUUUCCUGCCUUUAAUGUGCUUUUUCUUUGUAGAGGUUUACCUAUUUAAUGGUAAAACAAAUCUCUUGUCAUUUUUAGCUCGACCUCAUUGAUCAUUGUACAAUACUGUGUGCUUCAGGUCAUGGUUAAGACGUGAAAUAUGACAUAUUAUUGUAGCGGCUUCAAAGCGGCACAAAUAAAAGUGUUUUAUUGAAGCUACGCCUGGAAAUAAAAUGGGUUGUCCCUGUCUCAGGAUCCAAAGAGUGAUGUGAAACAAUACAAAACUACUUGUCGUAUGAGGAAUGUACUGCAGUGAACCAAAAGCUGGAGGUCAGGAUGGUUGAUUGGUCACGCGGAGGCAGUCAGAGUCAUUUUGUCAAAAUGCGUCAGGGUACCAUUUUGCAAACACAGUCUGAGUUGUGCAUCAAGCGAUUGUCUUUUCUACUUUCGUCUCCGGUCGUCUGUGCCUGCUGGUCAUUCUCCUCAGUCCCUGCCUGUUCUGUUUCCCGGUUCUCUUCCUGUCUCUGCUCCUCUCUGCGCUCUAAUCCUAGAGAAAUAAGGAAUAAAAUGCAAAACAAUCAUAAUUCUAGACAGUAUUGGUUUAUUUAUCAAAGUUGUACAUACUUAAAUGUAUAGUGGGUAUUUUGUCUUCAUUUGUUUUUUUUAGUUGUGCCAUUUUCUUUUGGUAUUCUGUUUGAUAAUGUUUGAUUUGAGGUUUGUAUCAUUGCCAUUUAAUCAAGCUGAAAUAAAGACAAAUUUGUCACAA